UUAUAUAAUGAAGACAGAAACCUGCUUCGAAUUAGAGAGAAGGAAAGACGGAACCAGGAAGCUCACCAGGAGAAGGAGGCAUUUCCUGAAAAGAUUCCCCUUUUUGGAGAGCCCUACAAGACAGAAAAAGGUGAUGAGCUAUCUAGUCGAAUACAGAAUAUGCUGGGGAAUUAUGAAGAAGUAAAGGAGUUUCUUAGUACCAAGUCCCACCCCCAUUGCUUUGAUGCUUCUGAAAAUAGAUUGGGAAAGCCAAGAUAUCCUUUAUUUCCUGAAAAAGGAAGCAGCAUUCCACCCCACUCCUUCCACACUAGCAUUCACCACCAGCCCACUAACACUCCUGCCUCUGGACCACUUCCUGUUGGUAACAUUAGCCACAAUCCGAAGAUGGCACAGCCAAGAAUGGAACCGAGUCUCCAUGCUAAAAGCUAUGGCCCACUGGACAGCCAGCACAUGACCCAAGAUCGGCUUGGUCAGGAGAGUUAUGGCUCUAGCCAUCACAAAAAAGGUGACCACAGAGCUGAUGGAGACCAUUGUGCUUCAAUUACAGACCCGACUCCAGAGAGGAAACUGUCUCCCUUAAUCUCCUCUUUGCCUUCCUCAGUACCCCCUUUGUCACCUAUACAUUCCAACCAGCAAACUCUUCCCAGGACACAAGGAAGCAACAAGGUUCACAGCAGCAGUAACAAUAAUAAUAAAGGCUACUGUCCAGCCAAAUCUCCCAAGGACCUAGCAGUGAAGGUGCAUGAUAAAGAGACCCCUCAAGAUAGUUUGUUGGCACUUGCCAGCCUUGGGGUGGCCCCGCCCCAGCCAUCUUCUCAGACAUUUCCCCCACCUUCCCUCCCUUCAAAAAGUGUUGCAAUGCAGCAGAAGCCCACAGCUUAUGUCCGGCCCAUGGAUGGUCAAGAUCAGGCUCCUAGUGAGUCUCCUGAACUGAAACCACCACCAGAGGACUACCGUCAACAGACUUUUGAAAAAACAGAUUUGAAAGUGCCUGCCAAAGCCAAGCUCACCAAGCUGAAAAUGCCUUCUCAGUCAGUUGAGACCUACUCCAAUGAAGUCCAUUGUGUUGAAGAGAUUCUGAAGGAAAUGACCCAUUCAUGGCCUCCUCCUUUGACAGCAAUACAUACGCCUAGUACAGCUGAGCCAUCUAAAUUUCCUUUUCCCACAAAGGACUCUCAGCACAUCAGUUCUGCAACCCAAAGCCAAAAACAACAUGAUACUUCAAAACCCCACUCUAAUUCUCAGCAGGGAACAUCAAGCAUGCUUGAAGAUGACCUUCAGCUCAGUGACAGUGAGGAUAGUGACAGCGAACAAACCCCAGAGAAGCCUCCUUCCUCAUCUGCACCUCCAAGUGCUCCACAGUCGCUUCCAGAACCAGUGGCAUCAGCACAUUCCAGUAGUGCAGAGUCAGAGAGCACCAGUGACUCAGACAGCUCCUCAGACUCGGAGAGUGAGAGCAGUUCAAGUGACAGUGAAGAGAAUGAGCCCCUAAAUACUCCGGCUCCUGAGCCUGAGCCUCCUACAACAAAUAAAUGGCAACUAGACAACUGGCUGACAAAAGUCAGCCAACCAGCUGUGCCUCUGGAGGGCCUUGGGAAUAUUGAGCCCCCACAUCAGCAUCAGGACAGUAAGGGCAAGGGUAGCAGUGACAGCAGCACCACUACUAGCCACGAGCAUUCUGAAUCCAAAGAUCCUGCCGCCAAGAGCUCCAGCAAAGCUCCCCGGGUCCCUUCUGAAGUCCCCAACCCAGGCAAGAGAAGCUGUCAGAAGUCGCCUGCACAACAGGAGCCCCCACAGAGGCAAACUGUUGGAACCAAACAACCCAAAAAUCCUGUCAAGCCCUCUUCCCAGGUGGACUUGCGGGCCAGCUUACAGGUAGAAAAUGAGCCAGGACUUCUUCCUUAUGGCUCCAAAGAUCAGACUUCCAAAGACAAGCCCAAAGUGAAGACGAAAGGAAGGCCCCGUACUGGAGAAAACAAAGAGUCCAAGCCAGUGGUGCCCACCCCCAGUGAAAGGAAGAAGCACAAGAGCAUCCCCCCUGCCUCCUCCAAGGCACUCUCAGGCCCUGAACCCUCAAAGGACAGUGUGGAGGACAGGAGCCCUGAGCACUUUGCUCUUGUCCCCCUGACUCAAAGCCAGGGCCCACCCCACAGUGGACGUGGCAGCAGGACUAGUGGCUGCCGACAAGCGGUGGUCGUCCAGGAGGACCGCCGGAAAGACAAACUCCCAUUGCCUUUGAGAGACACUAAGUUGCUCUCACCGCUCAGGGACACUCCUCCCCCACAAAGCUUGAUGGUGAAGAUAACCCUAGACCUUCUCUCACGGAUACCCCAGCCACCUGGGAAGGGGCGCCGCCAAAAGAAACCAGAAGAUAAACAGACUCCCACAGGCAAAAAACCUGAUUCUGAGAAGAAAAACUCAGACAAUUCAAGCAAAUUGGCCAAAAAGAGGAAGAGUGAAGCAGAAAGAGACCAUGAUAACAAGAAAAUCAGACUGGAGAAAGAAACCGUAUCACAGUCAUCAUCUUCAUCUUCAUCGUCCCAUAAAGAGUCUACUAAAACAAAAACACUCAAGCCCUCCUCUGAGCCCUCAAAGAAGGAAAUGCUUCCCCCACCACCUGUGUCGUCAUCAUCCUCAUCCUCCCAGAAGCUAGCCAAGCCUGCACACAAGAGGCCAAAGCGGGAAGCAGACACCUGUGGCCAGGACCCUCCCAAAAGUGCCAGUAGUACCAAGAGCAACCAGAAAGACUCUUCCAUUUCCAAGCACAGAAAAGUAGAAGGAAGGGGGUCUGGAAGCUCUACAGAACACAAAGGAUCUGCUGGAGAUACUGCAAAUCCUUUUCCAGUGCCUUCAUUGCCAAAUGGUAACUCUAAACCAGGGAAACCUCAAGUGAAGUUUGACAAACAACAAGCAGAUAUUCACAUGAAGGAGGCCAAAAAAUUGAAGUACAAAGCAGAGUCAAUGACGGACAAGGUCGGAAAAGCUUUUAAGUACUUGGAAGCUGUCUUGUCCUUUAUUGAGUGUGGAAUUGCCAUAGAAUCGGAAAGCCCAGCGUCAAAGUCAGCUUAUUCUGUAUACUCAGAAACUAUAGAUCUCAUUAAAUUCAUAAUGUCAUUAAAAUCCUUCUCAGAUGCCACAACACCAACACAAGAGAGAAUAUUUGCUGUUUUAUGCAUGCGUUGCCAGUCCAUUUUGAACAUGGCUAUGUUUCGUUGUAAAAAAGACACAGCAAUGAAGUAUUCUCGUACUCUCAAUGAACACUUCAAGAGUUCUUCCAAAGUUACCCAGGUACCUUCUCCAUGCAUUGCAAGAAGCACAGGCACACCAUCCCCUCUUUCCCCCAUGCCUUCUCCUGCCAGCUCGGGAGGGUCCCAGUCGAGUGCUGGCAGUGUGGGGAGCAGCGGGAUAACUGCCACCAUCAGUACCCCAGUCACCAUUCAAAACAUGACAUCUUCCUAUGUCACCAUCACUUCCCAUGUCCUUACUGCCUUUGACCUUUGGGAACAGGCUGAGGUCCUUACAAGGAAGAAUAAAGAAUUCUUUGCUCAGCUCAGCACAAGCGUGUGUGCCCUGGCCCUCAACAGCAGUUUGAUGGACCUGGUACACUACAUAAGACAGGGUUUUCAGCGGCUAAAACAAGUAACCAAAACACCUUAA